AUGGCACUUGGGCCCGACGGCCGUACACCCGUACGUCGCCAAGCGGAAAGCAAUUACUUGGAUGUCAAUCGGGAGAUGGCUCUUCAUCGUCUUGAAAGCUUUCACGCUGCAACAUAUGGUCCUUUUGAGCUUUUACAGAGUAAAUUUGGGUUCCAAACCAGUAGCGUGGCAAACCAAAAGGAAAAUUUGGGCUGUUGGGUCACAAAUUAUCAAAUGCGUGUUCGCUAUGAGGCCCCGGAAGGAGCAACUCAAAGCAACGAGUUUAUCACAAAAACCGCACUUAGUCGAGUGCAUACGAAAUUCUUUAAGAAUUAUCUCAUGUGGUGCAAAUAUUUACGUACACCUCCACGAGCUUCCAAUACGGAAAAAGAGGUGACAACGAGUCGGAUGGAAAAAGAACUGGCUCUUUUCUUACUUUUAUGGGGUGAAGCAGGCAAUCUUCGUUUUAUGCCGGAAUGUAUUUGCUUUUUGUAUCACAAAAUGGCACAAAAACUUGAUAUUUUAGACACUUUACCUAACGUGGAGGAAGGGUUUUAUCUCAAUGAAAUUGUUCGACCAGUGUAUUACGUAAUCGCUAAAAUGGGAUCCGCAAAGGCUCCAAAAGGAAAGCGGCCUCUUGAUCAUAAAGAUACGACCAAUUAUGAUGACGUCAACGAGUUUUUCUGGACGGCCAAAUGUCUUGAUUGUGACGAAAUGGAUGUUGCAAGAAUGUUGGAAGUCCAUGAUCCAAAAACAUUUAAAGAGAAACGUAGUGUGUUUAAUCCAGUAUUGGCCUUUUUUCGAAUCUGGUACUUUUUAGUCGUGAUGUUCCACAUUAUGAUUGUUAUUACCUACGUGUCAUAUAUGGCCGAAGGCGAUGAUGAUGGCGGACUUGGAUUUUUUCUUCGAAUUUUUACGUCGAAUCAAAACAAAAUUCGAGCACAUGCAUUUUAUACGAUUUUCCUCACUGUCACAGGACUCAUGGCAAUUAAAGCAGUUCUUCAAAUUUGGCUCUAUGGUUCCAGACUUUACAAAGAUUCGUGGAUGGCACUUGGAGUUUUCUGUCGACUUUUUUGGCAUUCGUUCUUUUUUGGACUAUUCAUGGCCGUUCAUUUUUCUCCAGAUGCAUCUGCAUUACUUGGGUCUAAAAGCAGUUUUUUACCAGGUGGAGGUACUCAGGGCUCAUAUUUGUCCAUGGGAUUAGUGUACUUGGUGAUUUAUUGUAUCCCAGUACUGAUUGCAGCAAUAUGUCAAGCAUUUUUACCACGACUUAUUCGGUGCAUUGGUAUCAUGAAUGCACUUAAUGGUACAGGUCGACAAUAUGUGGGACGCUAUACGUCGCAGCCAUGGAAAAAUUACUCGAGAUACUCCAUGUCGUGGUAUAUGAUUUUCUUUGGCAAGUUCUUUUUCGCAUUGCAAUUCAUGAUCCGCCCAUUGAUGGCACCAUCGAUUGACAUUUACAAUAUCUCUAUUGAUGAUAACGGCGUAUUCCAGUCGGGUCGUAAUAUCAUGUUCAUCCUUGCACUGUGGGCACCAGUCUUUGUCGUGUACAUGUACGAUACGCAGAUUUGGUUCAUUCUGUACCAGUCAAUUAUCGGUUUGAUAAUGGGUAAGCGCAUGAACAUCGGGCACUACGUCGGCUUGGCUCAACUGAAGACGGGAAUGGCUGGAGCACCGAAGCUGUUCGACGAUAAGGUGGUGUCGCUCAAGACAAAGCAGCCACCGUCGGAUGGAAUGGCUCCUGUUCCUGACAGUGGAGACGCUGGUGAGUUGCAUCACCGUGAUGUUGUCCGUCUUCGCUUUGCCAUUAUAUGGAACCAAGUAGUCGACAAUUUUCGCCUGAAUGACUUGCUCGACGAUCGUGAGACUGUUAUUCUCCAGUACCGUAUUCUGAAUAAAGGUGAACGCAUUCAGGAACCCAUCUUUUUGCUGGCUGGAAAAUUAUCAAAGGCCGUCGAAGUGGCAGCAAAAUCACGAUCGAACAAAUGGGCUACCACAACGCUGAUUAAGAAUAUUGCAACUGCGGAUGCCUUGGAGGGAAUGCAGAAUGGAUUGGAGCUUAGCCGCGGUAUUUUUUACCUAUUGCUAGGCGGGGAGGAACAGAAAGAAGUUAUGAGCGUCUUGGAGUAUAUCUACUCGUCGCCAGACAUCGUCAACCUACUUGAUUUGACCUAUCUGCCCCAGCUUGCUGACAAUAUGGUUGAGCUUCUCGCUGUAAUUUUGGAUAUGCCUGAGGAAGUUUCGGCGAUUGACGGCGUGGAGACUGCCACAGAGGAGUUGCGCAUGGAGCUUCACGUGCAAGUUGCUCAAGUCGUCGAUCGUAUGCGUUCUAUCGUCUUAACACUGGAGCUGAUGCUGAACGACGACACUGUGUCGCGCAAGCUUCACCAAUGCCGUUUCUUGCAAACGACGGCCGAUCUAGAAUUUCAAACUUGGCAGCUGAUAAAACUAUACAGGGCCGAUGCUGCGGCGGAAACAGGCCUCAUCGCCGUUCACCCGGGCGAAGGACCUGCCACCCCACCGCCUCGCUUUUCUCCCGAGGAUUUUGUCUCCAGCUGCACACGCUUGUUUUUCUUGCUUCGCCUGGACGUUGCUAACUCGCUUCCACGUUGUGAGGAUGCAAAGCGUCGCAUGGGUUUCUUCUUGCACUCGCUGUCAAUGGAAAUGCCGCGCGUAGUCUCGAUGGAGGCCAUGCCGUCUUUUUCUGUUAUGACUCCUUACUACUCGGAGACUGUGCUCUUUACGUUAGAUGAGCUCAAUAACCCAGUUCACUCAAACCCUCUAUUUGCUGAGCUUGAGAAAAAACAAAAGGCAAAGGGUUGGACAGAGCUAACGAUCAUGAAAUAUUUGAUUACGUUUCACGCCGAAGAAUGGAGCAAUUUUUUGGAAAGAAUGGGCGCUGCAUCACUGGAGGAGGCGCUUGAAAUUAACUCGACGGAAGUGCGCCUAUGGGCUUCAAUGCGGGGCCAGACGCUUGCUCGAACGGUCCACGGUAUGAUGUUGUACGAAGAUGCAAUUCGCCUAUUGCGCUGGUUAGAAGUGUAUUCUCUUCGGGACAUGAGCGUCCAGGAAAAACUCGAUGAGAUGAAUCGCAUCUCUGCUCUGAAAUUUUCUUACAUUACGGGGUGUCAGAUUUACUCAAAGCAGGUUGCAAACGGCGAUCCUCGCGCAGCCGAUAUCGAUUACUUGAUGAAGAAGUUCCCAAGCUGGCGCGUUAGUUUCGUGGACUCAAUUACGGAGAAAGAUGGAGACAAGGAGAUUAAUCGGUUUGACUGCGUACUUGUGAAGGCUGAAGCCGAUGAAAUUGUUGAAGUCUAUCGUUAUGAACUGCCUGGCAACCCGAUUCUUGGUGAAGGUAAGCCCGAGAAUCAAAACGUGGCACUACCGUUCACGCGUGGUGAAUACUUGCAGACAAUCGAUAUGAAUCAGGAGCACUAUCUUGAAGAGUGCUUAAAGAUGCCUAAUUUUUUGGCAACUGCUACGAGCACUGGUGAGGAGGUUACUGUGAUCGGUAUGAAAGAGCAUGUUUUUACUGGACGCGCUUCGUCUCUUGCACGUUUCAUGACUCUUCAGGAACUGGUAUUCGUGACGCUCACGCAGCGUGUGUUGGCCAAGCCGCUUCGCUCGCGUAUGCAUUACGGUCACCCAGAUGUUUUCGAGAAGUCUUUUGUUGUGACGAGCGGUGGUGUGUCCAAGGCGAGUAAGGGUAUCAAUCUGUCGGAAGAUGUCUUCAGUGGCUACAACGUCACCCUCCGUGGCGGUUUAGUGUCGCACAUCGAAUUCAUGCAGUGUGGCAAGGGUCGUGAUGUGACGCUAAGUCAGAUUAAUGCUUUCGAAGCAAAGCUGUCUAAUGGUUGCGCUGAAAGUUGUCUGAGUCGUGAGGGCCACCGCCUGACCAAUUCGUUGGAUUUUCCGCGUCUGAAUUCUAUGUUCUAUGGUCACUUCGGUUUCUACAUUUGCAAUGUUCUUACGGUUUUCUGCGUGUACGUGUACGCGUACUGCAAGCUGUACGUUGCGACUCACUCCGAGGUUGCGCUCACGGCUGUCAUGACAACGGGUAGCCUCGACUCACUCGCUAGUGUGAUGACCACGCAGUAUGUGCUUCAGUUUGGUAUGCUGACCACAUUGCCUUUGUUUGCGACCUUGUUCGUGGAGUUUGGAUUCAAGCAAGCUUUGCUAAAGGUGAUUGAGCUAAUAUCGACUCUUGGCAUUGUGUUUUAUGUGUUCUUGACGGGCACGAAGGCACACUUCUAUGAUGUAGCAUUAAAUCGUGGUGGUUCCAAGUACCGAGGCACCGGCCGUGGUUUCUCGAUCACGCGUGAUCCGAUGGUAAACUUUUUCAAGGAAUACGCCGUUUCGCACUUCCGAAAGGCCGUGGAGCUGAUCGGAAUAAUGAUUUUGUUUGGAAUUUACGGUACUUUCGAUAUUGGUUCUGGCGCGCUCGAAGAUUUUUGUGCUACAGCAGAAUUUGAUUGCGAAAAGGAUCCUGAUCUUAUUCCCGCGAAUAUCACGUCGCUAGCCGGUUUUAGCAACCAUCCACAGAGCUACGGUAUUGCGUCAUUUGCUGUGCUGUUCCUCGGUGCAUGCUGGCUAAUGGCCCCCUUCGUCUUUAACACGGAUGGUUUAGUCUUUCAGAAAUCCAAGGUCGAUAUCGCGAAUUGGUUUGCUUGGAUGAUGCAGUCCCACCAAAAGGAAGAUGCGAAUAACCAGGAAGCCGAUAAGCAGACUAGCUCUGGUCCAAAAGAUGGUUGGGACGACUGGUGGAAGUCUGAUGUCGAUUUGAUGUUGCCCUUGGGCGGAAUGGGCCGCUUAACGUACUGCAUUCGUGAGCUACGCCACCCAUUGGCGAUGUACUAUGUGUUCAUGACAGAGUUUGAGCUCGUUUGGUUUGCUCUGCUGUUUACCGCUAUCGGUGUAACGUGGGUUUUGCUGUGGUUUGGGAAUCGUGUACACCACUGUGUAUCGAAGCACCGUAAAUUGAACUCGCUUACUGUUCAAGGCAUUAUGUACAUGGUAUGUGUCAUUGGAGGUAUCCUGUUGAUUCCAUUGAUUGGGUCUGCGGGAGGUUGGUCCGUACAGAAGUGCCUCACGUUCUCUAUCGCUAUGUUUUUGGGCUUCAACUCUAUUGUACAGUAUGCCCUUGCGUUCAACGGUGUCUUCGGUAUGGAAGUAGCAAUGUGGAGCCCAGUGAUGGCGCUUGGCUUUUUAAUGGACAUGAUCGUUGGUCUGUUCCUGGUCAUUCCACUGUUUCUAUUGUCUGUACUGCCAUUCAUGCGUAUCCUCCAGACGCGUGCUAUGUACAACGGUGGUUUCUCGCGUGCACUGAGCUCAGGGUCAGAAGUGGCAGCUUCACUGUGCAUCUUGCUCGGUUUGCUAGGUGGCUUUAUCCACGGCUUCAUGACUUCGUUCCUGUACACGCUCGGAUAUAUCAAUGAUCCGAACGACAAGUUCAUGAACAGAUCUUUCUACUACUUUGUGACCACGGAGCUGUCGAACAAAGGAUCCGGAUUGUUGAGCUACAUGGAGAACGGAUAUCUGAAGAUUAUUUGCGCAGCCGUGAGUAUCUUCGCUGUUUUGUUGUCAUUGCUGAUUGGCCGCGUUCUUGGUCGGCGUGCAAACAUGGCUAUCGGUGGUAGUCUGAUGUUUAUUUCGCUUGGGCUCAACUUUAUUGCAAGCAUGUCAGUUAUUAUUGUCUCGUGCGGCUUGGCUGCGAUGGGAUCAUCAAUGGUGGCGAUGAACUACCUUCUAUACAGCUUUGAAAUUUGCACAAAAGGUUGGCAUGGAAAGAGUGUCACUAUUUUCUUGAUGGGUUCUAUGAUCGGUUGGUUUGUGCACUCGCUAUUGAUGGCAAACACGAACGCUACAUCGAUUGCAGAGGACUAUGACAACAAGCCUACAAACAUGUGGCGUUUCCAGCCUCUGUUUGUCCUGCCUGCGUUGAUCAUUGGAUUUUUCGGUAUUCUUCGGUUCGUGCCUGAAAGCCCGGUGUGGCUCCUUGCACACAAGCAUGAGGAGCUGGCUCGCGCUGUGCUCAUUCGACUACGCCGGCGCGUGAAUGUGAACCCGGAGAUUGUUCUAAUUCAAGCCGAGCUGGCUCAAAAGACCAGGGCAAACCAUCUCAAGUUCCGUCUAUCGAUCGUAUUUGCUCUCCAGGCUGUCUUCGGUUUGGUUAUGUCGCAGACAAUCUUGCUCCGGCGAACGCUUAAGGUGACCGCAAGCAACAGCGGCAAUGCCAACAAUUACUGGGAAGUAUACUUUGCGUUGUGCUGCGCGACCGGAUACGCAUUCGGCAGCUUCUUAGUGGACAAUGUGCGUCGUAAAACCAUUCUGAAAGAGUUCUUGCCGUUCGUGUCUUUAAUGGCCUUCACUUGUGGUGUUGUUGGCGCGGUGUCACGAGCCGACGGCGGUUUUGUGCAGGCACUACUGUGUCUGUUGUACAUAUCUGCGAGCUUAAGUCUCAUGAGCGUGACGUGGCUUUCCGCCCUCGAAAUGUUCCCGGCGUCCCGUCGGCCGCUUUAUUGGACGCUAUCGCUGUGCGUGUACUAUGCUGUCCAAAUCAUCGUGUACUGGCUGAAUCCAGGUUUCUCACUCUCGAGCUUCAUUUUAUCGGGCUGCUGUGCCGUUCUUACGUUCGUGCUCUUUAUGUUCUGCGCAAGCACGAAACUUGGCGCCAUCCAGACCAAGGCUGAGAAGAAGUACCAGAGGUCUAUGCGCGAGUCGGCGCCAGAGAAGGCUCUUGUGACCGAUGAAGACGAGUUCGUCGUGGACGAAAUGCACAAGCAGCAGACGCGUAUUGCGCAAACGUCGGCCGCAAUGAACCGUUCAGCGGGUAUGGCUUCCACCAAUCCAGCAUCUUCGGCUGUGAACGUCAAAUUUGGUCCGUCUGGUGUCAGCAACCGGAACUUCGGACCCCCUCCUAAUAGCGCGGCGUCGAAUGCCAUGGCCAAUGCCAUGCAGUUUGGCUUUAGCGGCAUUAAUAUCGCCCAGUCCGGCGACUCUGCCCGCCCUGGUCCAACUUCACGUAGCGACAAGGAUAAUUUCAGCUUUCGACGUUUGGGAAGUCUAGAAGAAUUGUCUCCUGCAGGAGGAGGACUGCAGUAUGGAUUAAGCACGGGACUCAGUGGUGUGGAGAGCUCCAAGGCCUCGUCCGCAGAGUGGCAGGUUGCGGAACCUGUGCCCCGUCCUGGACAAUUGACAUCGCACUUGUCGUCCACUUUUGACUUUGAGGCGGAGUUUGAGGCGGAACAUCUUGAAGACUUGCGCCAAGGUCAGAUCAGCUAUCCAAGGAACCAACCUCGCUCAAUAUCAUUCUUGCAGUCGCAGCAGUACCCGGAUGCCGAUUUACAUGCUGAGACUCAAUCUGUUCGACUGUAG